CCUGGCUAGGCAAUGCGUCUAGUCAUUCUCGUGUAUAUCAUUGACUAUUAGAAUAGUCGUAUAGAGCCGCUGUCCGGGCUAAAUGUUCCCCAAAGCGCUACCUGUACUUUGUAGUGGUGAAGUACAAUUUAGUAAUUUGUUAUCUUUCAUUUGAUGAACAUGUCAUUUGGAUAUACGAGAAAUUCUCAAAACCACACCCACCAUUGUAUAUGUUGUAUACCGACCUAUGUCUAAUCAUGGUAUGUUAUGAUCAAAUGACUCGCGCGUAGGCCGUUGCUCUAGCUAAGAGUUACUCCAGGACAAGUAAAGAGCAAGGAUUACGGGACGAUAGCUGACCAUAUCUGUCCCAUACUGAGUUUUUCGGUCCUCUUCCCACAACUAGACAGCCAGCCAGUAUGUUGUUGUUACUUUCGGUUUUUAUAUCUCUGACAUGUCAGUAUGCUGACGCAGCUGGGGCCGACAGUUUGAGAUUAACAGGAGGCGGAUCAAGGUAUGGUUUUGUAGAAAUGAACAUUGGUGGGGUUUGGCGACCGGUUUGUCCUGGUGAUAAUUAUAAUCAGUACAACGAUGGAGAAAUACCGAGUAUUAUUUGUAAACAACUAGGAUAUGUAUCUGGUAUAUAUUAUGAUAUGGGGAUGAAGUCUACUGCUAACUCAUGGUGGUACAAUCAAUUUGAAAAGGAGUCUUACAUGGAACCUUCCGUUCCUAACUUGGAUGCUUACGUUAAAGAAAGGUGGCUAAGCGUCACUGCAACAGGAGAGUUUUCUUAUUGCCCUAGCUCCAGUAUUGCUGUGCAUUGCCGAGGAAAGGUAUAUCUAGAAAGUGCAUCUGCAAACUCUGUUACCAAGGAGCGAGGAUUUGGUUAUGUUGUUGUCCAGAUGCCUUCUGGACCUAUGUACCUCGCAGACAGCGGGCUAGGGGAUCUUGAUGUAGGUGUGAUUUGUAAGGAGCUUGGUUAUGAUGUCUCAUAUAAAAUAAACCCAGAUUCCACGACAGGAUAUUCAAGGAACUCUGAUUAUGGGAUGUUGGUUAAGGACUAUAACUGUGUUGGCACUGAAGCUUCACUACUCGACUGUCCUGCUGUUGAUAUGCAGCAAGGUGGCACUCAUAAAACAGCUGUAGUUUCCUGUUCAAUCACAAAUACAAUAGCAGAUUAUACGGUACGUUUGGCAACCAACAAUGUGGUUGAAAUCCACCACCAGAGCACAUGGGGAAUCAUCUGCGAUGAAACGUUUAGUAAAACCGACGCCAAAGUCAUUUGUGCCUCUUUAGGGUCCGAUGGUUCUGAGAUAUUGACAGUUAAUUUACAGGAAUUAUACACAGUAUGGAUUACGAACUUAAAUUGUGGUGAUUCGAAUAGAUCCCCAGCUGCUUGCCCCGUGACUUUGUGGACAGUCAAUGAUAAUAUCUGUUCAUCUAUAGCUGCUGUUAGAUGUUAUGAUCAAAAUAAAGAUGGCGUUUAUGGUUUUGUAAAUGGAGGAGGAAAUAUUCUUGGUAACCAUUUCGUGGAAAGAAGUAGUGAGAACCAGAAAGGCCUGCUUGUUGUUGAUGAUAUCAACCAGAAUGCUGUUUGUGUUAAUCUCGGGUAUAAAGGUGGGAGUAUGUACGAUUUACCCAGUCCUGGAUUGCUACCAACUAACCAAGCGUAUUGGACAGCUACAGCAAAAGAUGAUUCUUCAUUUUCAUCCAUAGAAAGUUCUGUUAAUAAUGAUUGGCAGCGCGUAACCGGAAAGGUGUUGGAUAAUCUGAAGAUGACAGUCUGCUACAACACAGCUUACCUACAAGGGAACGGUUAUGCCGGUUUAGUUAAGUAUAUAGUGAACGGAAACCAAGUACUGAUAAAUAACGCGUCAUUAAACCAGGUCGAAAUCAAUCUCAUCUGCUCACACUUGGGAUUUAGUAUAGGUGGCAGUACUGUACCCGCAACGAUGUUUAAGUCAGAUUAUGAUAAUGGUGAUAUAUAUGACCUGAACUGUGACCAGACGCCUACGAAUUUAAGCACCUGCAUCACGACUCGAGUUACUGAUACAACGAACAUCAAUGUUGCUGCAAUUUCUUGUCGACUCGAUAACGCAUUACCAGUUGGAGACAUGGGUGUUUUCUUAAACAAAAAGGGUAUUGUUCAUGUAAACAAAGAUGAAUUACCAGGAAGAAUAUGCAACAGUGAUAGUUGGAAUGAUAAAGCGGCAUCCGUCGUGUGUAAACAGCUAGGAUUUGAUACAGCUAUACUCUCCACAGAACGUACCGAAUACAACAAUGGGAAUCCUCCCGUUUGGUUUAAAUCUGUCACAUGCCAGGGAACAGAAUCGUCCAUAAAAGACUGCACGUUGGUUCCUAGUUCUGAGACCGAUCAAAAUUGCGAAAAGGUUGCAGCAGUAAUGUGCUAUAACAUGGCUGACAAGGCAACAUUUAGUUUGGUGGAUGGAAAUUCUAGAUUUGGUAGAGUAAAGAUAACACGGGAUGGUAAAGAGGGGUUCUUGUGUUUGGCUAAAAUGGAUGAAGAAGAAGCUGCUACUAUCUGUAAGGAACUAGGAUUCCAAGACGGUGACGAAUGGUCCAUGGCGCCUGUAGUGGCAGCCGGCACCUCUUGGUGGUCAGUUUCUACUAAUUGUGGUGGUGAUUCAGAAGUCAUUGAAAGUUGUGAAGGACAAAAUUGGGAAUAUGUGACACCUUCAAACCCUUCUAUCAGCGACUGCUCCUGGAAAACAGCUGCUGUUUAUUGUUACAGUAGAGUCCGUUUGGAAACUGCACCGUAUCUAUCCUACGGAGUUGUGAGAAACUCGCUAACCAAAGCCAGAUUUAGCUCUAACUCAUUUGGUGAAAAGGAAGCUACGAUUGGAUGUAAAGAAAUGGGAUUCCCCAAAGGAGGUAAAGUGUUUCCCUCAGGAACCUUCAAGAAAUCAAAGACACCCAUUGCAAUUCGUUGUGCUGGUACUGAACAGUCUUUAUUGGAUUGUCCUGUGAUUAAUGAAGUAACUGAUAAGAAUUUGUUUGCUUCUGUUUCUUGUAUUACGGAUGAAGUUGUUCCAGCUGAAGGUUCAAUGAAAAUUAACGAUGAUUAUCGAUUGCUGAUUGUGAGAAACGGUGUUUGGGGCGGCCUUUGUGCUGAAAGCUGGACAGCCAACGAUGCUGCAGUUGUGUGUCAGCAACUCACAGGAUCCGGAGGCAAGGCAACAAAGCGCGGGAAGUCAGAUGUGAAAUAUACCACAUUUAAGGAACCUUGGACAUGCAGUGGUAACGAGAGUAGAUUAACUGAUUGUGAUGUGGAUUCAUCAGCAAUAGAUCAAGCUUGUGAUGACUAUGCUGCUGUGUAUUGUGAUAAUCAACAAGUUACAGCUGUCGAUAAAAUGGUAUAUAGCUUGCCACCAGGAGUCGUAAUCAAUCAACCGACUAGUAGCAGUCCAGCACCAGGGUCUAAUGACGGCAAUGGCGCAAAUCCAACACGAACAGGGUCUAAUGACGGCAAUGGCGCAAAUCCAACACGAACAGCUACAGGAUUCUGGUUUAUGACGAUGAUGAUGGUGACGAUAAUGACAUAUCUCCAGAAAUAUAUUUUGUUAUAGUUAAAUUUUUUUUUUAUAAAAGUAUGUCCGUGUG